GAGGAAGAGGACGAGGAGGAGGAGGAAGGAGAGGAAGAGGAAGAGGGCAAGAAAGAGGAGGAGGAGGACAAAGAGGAAGAGGAAGACAAAGAGUGGAAAUAUCUGAUGAAAUUCGAGCAACAGUCAUAGACCAUGUUCUUGUCCAUGGACUGACAAUGAGGGAAGCAGGGCUUAGAGUGCAACCCAAUUUGAGCCGAUUUUCUGUGUCCACCAUAGUAAGGACAUUCAGAGAAGAGAACAGAAUUGCAAGGCUGCCACAUGCAGGUGGAAGGACACUUAUAUUCACUCGGGAGCAAGAGGCCGUUAUAGUGGGCAUGGUCCUUCAAGAUAAUCUAAUACGACUCAGAGAAAUCCAGGAACGAGUGAUACAUGACAACACACACUUCCAGGGAAUCGACAGUGUGAGCAUUUCCACAAUUGACCGUGUCCUCCAUCGAAACAGGAUGCGAAUGAAACAAGUAUACAGAGUACCUUUUGAGCGCAACUCACCAAGGGUGAAAGAACUGCGAGCUCAGUAUGUGCAAACAAUAUUUGACUUGGAAUCCUUGGACAGACCCCAUGAGUUCAUCUUUGUCGAUGAAGCAGGCUUCAAUCUAACGAAGAGGAGAAGGAGAGGCCGAAACAUGAUUGGACAGCGGGCCAUUGUUGAAGUCCCUGGUCAACGAGGUGGCAAUGUCACAAUCUGUGCUGCUAUCAGCAACCAUGGUGUUCUGCAUCACCAUGUUACACUCGGGCCAUAUAAUACCCAGCUUCUUCUAAGAUUUGUUGCAAAUCUAAGAGAUAUUUUAUUUGAGCAGCAGGUUCAAGAGCAGCAGGGUCAAGAGCUAAAUGACAAUCCCAUUCCCACCUAUGUGAUAGUGUGGGACAAUGUCAGUUUUCACAGAGCUGCUCAGGUAAGGGAAUGGUUUAACAUCAAUGGGCAGUUUAUGAACCUGUACCUCCCUCCAUACUCGCCUUUCCUGAAUCCGAUUGAGGAGUUUUUCUCCUCUUGGAGAUGGAAAGUUUAUGAUAGACAACCCUACACAAGAGUAAAUCUGCUGCAAGCCAUGGAUUUAGCCUGUGGUGAUAUAGGUGAGGAAUCAUGUCAGGGCUGGAUACGGCACACAAGAGGCUUCUUCCCCCGUUGCCUCAGGAGGGACAAUAUUGCUUGUGACGUCGAUGAAGUGCUCUGGCCUGACCCAGCCCAAAGACAAGAAGCACAUUGAUCAUCACAUGUUUACUCCUUUGAUUUUAUAUUACAGUACAUUGUAGGCUGUAUACUGUACAAUAAACAAAUUGUUUGGCUCUGAACAUUGUGCUUUCCAUUUGUGAACAGUACUGACUGCUCAAUAGAUUAUGAAUGGUUGCAGGUUCAUAUCAACAAAUAACAAUAAUUACACUAUCACAGAGACCAAGCACAAGUUUAUGAGAUGCAGGGUACAGUACUGUAAAAAUAGGGGUAGAAGGAGGAAGAACCAAAAAAAAAAACAUGCAAAGAGCAAAGCAGAGUAGUAAUUUCUGAUCAAUUUUGAGCUACUAUGGUAGAACAUGUUUUCGUUCAUCAAAAGACAAAUGACGGAAUAAUAUGAACUUUGUUUUGAGAUAAAAAAUUUACUUCUCCCUGAGAACUAUGUUUUGAACAAUGUAUUUUCUAUUUGUUGGUGUAUUGUUUACUGACUGCUUGAUAGUGUAUAUCAUUUUGAUCACUUUGUUUAUGAUUUGAGAGCAGUGUUUGAUUUUGAACACAGGUAAAACUGUUUUGAGGCGAAAGUUUCAUUUUGCAAGAGGAGUCAGAGGUUUUGUAAAUAGUGCUUGAAGAUGAGGUUUUGUGUUCAAUGUUUUCAGAAAAUGGAGCAAGGUUUCAGAAAUUGUGUUUUAGCAAUUGAGAAAAA